UGAUCAUGGGAAAAUGUCGAUCCGAGGUAAGUCUUAUCGGAAAGACGGCUCUGAUUACAGGCGGAAAUUCAGGAUUGGGCUUCGAAACUGCGGUAGAUUUUGCUACAAGAGGUUGUAGAGUUAUUAUUGCUGACAUCUCUGAUUCUGAGGAGAAGACCAGGGAGAUAAUCGCGAGGACGAAUAACCCGUACGUGACCUGGAUGCAGGUAGAUCUAUCAGAUUUUCAGUCGGUGAGGACCUUUGCUACGAGAUUCAUCGAGAAUGAGAGCAGAUUGGAUCUGCUGAUCAACAAUGCAGGUACUUCGUGUUACACUAACGAGUACACAGCUUCCGGCGCUCUGAAAUUGAUGGCGAUCAAUCAUUACGGACAUUUCCUGCUCACGCAUCUGCUGAUCGAUUUGCUUCGCAAGACGGAGAACAGCCGAGUGGUAUUUACCAGUUCCAUCAUCGCGUUCAUAAAUUGCCUAAAGAGUGGUAACAUCAACGACCCGCCGAAGGUUUGGGCUGGUAUGCUGUUCAGCUACUUGCAAUACGGAAACACAAAGCUCUGCAACUUGAUCACGUCGAAUAUGCUUUCUGAGAUGGGCAUCUUCUCCAACGCCAUACAUCCGGGCUGCGUCAAGACGAAUAUCCACCAGGUGACGUUCAAAUUCUUGAAGGAGAUGUCCGUGUUGCAUAUUCUCAGUGUUUUUUUUGGCAGAAUUUGUAUUUUCAUGUUCGGCAAGACGGCGCAUGAAGGCGCGCAAAAUAUAUUGUACGCAGCAUUGGAAACUAAACACUCUGGUCAGUUUAUAUCCGACUGCAAACCCUACAGACAGCCAAGAUCUGCCCGCGAUGAUGACCUUUGUAGAGAUGUGUGGGAGGAAAGCGAACGUCUGGCCGGGCUAGAACCAAACGAAAGGAUCUUACCCAUCAACAAAUUAAACAUUCCAUGA